AUGGUUCUGAAUUUAUUUGCCUUGUCUAUGUCUAAUACUAUAGGGUCACUUUCCUCAGAUUCCUUAAGUAUCGGUAUUCCAGAGAUGUUAAAUCGAUUCCUCUUAAUUAACUUAUGUAUUUCUCCUAUGUGCCCAGAUCCUAUUUUUUUCGAUAGAUGAUUAUUUUUAUAUUUUUCUAUUUGUAAUUUACAUUUUAUUUCAAGGCUUUUAUAAUUAUCUUUACUAAUCUCACCUAGUUUAAACUUUUUCCAUGCACAAGCUUUUUGUUUGAUGAUUUCUCUUAUCUCCUUAGGAUAUUUCAUGGGCUUUU